AUGAGAGGCACUCUACGGUUGCUGGCCAAAGUCCAGCCAUCGAAGAUCUUAGAAGUCGACGCUCCCACUGGCUUAACCGGCAUUCUUACCCAUCCGCAACCCAGACCUGCUCUGAUAUACACUUACAACCAAAUCUUGGACAAACUCAAAGCACUUCCCGAAUCCUCAGUCUAUCGCCAAUCGACCGAAGCUAUCACGAAAUCUCGUUUGAAAAUCAUAGAGGACACAAAGCCGGUAGGGUAUGAGGAGUGGUUAUCAAGAGUCAAAGCCCAGAUCGAGAAAAAUCCUGCCGCCUACUCCCAUGUGAUGCAGAAGGAUGGAUCAAUUGCAUUUUCGGAACCCUUUGAGGCCACGUCAGAAGUCUGGGAUGGCGCAGUACGUGAAGUACUUCCAGAGGGUCCUUCCACCGAAGAGAUGGCAAAUUCGAAGGCUAGAGCGAUCAGGGCAGAGGAGGAGAGAUUAGAGGUUGAAGAGCCACAAAGACCGAGUGAGCUGGAACAGGAGCCACCAUUGGAUGCGGACCAGAUCAAUUAUAUAGAGAAUAAGAUCGGAGCCGGCCUUGUAGAGGAGGUCAUCAUGGUUGCAGAGGGUGAAUUGACAUUGGUGGACGAGAUGAUCGCUGCGAGAGUAUGGGAACCCCUUGAAGAAAAGGCUGCUCCAGGGCAAUGGGACUAUUUCGAACGAGGCACUCACACUGGGACAACCUAG